UGUCUGUGAAGACAGGAGGCUCCAUCACCAUCUCAUGUCCCUAUUAUCAUUAUUAUAUCAAACAUUUGAAAUACUUAUGUAAAGGAGAUAAUUUUGACAGUUGCUCCCCUGUUGUACAUGCUAAACCUCAUAAGGGCACAGCUAAGGCCUCAGUCUCUGAUGACAUUAACCAGCUAACCAUGACUGUGACAAUGACUGAUCUGGAGCCAGAGGACUCUGGACGUUACUAUUGUGCUGUGGAGGUCAAUGGUGGACAAGAUGUCAGGGCAGAAUGGUUCCACCUAUCUGUCAUACCAGCUGCUGAGCCUGUUCAGACUGACAACACAGUCCAAGGACCUGAGGGGGACAAGGAGAAGGACACCAUGAGUUCCAUAGAUCUAAAAGUCCUACUGAUUCCUCUGGGAAUGUUGGUGGUGGUGAUGUCUGGUGUCCCAGUCACAUGGAAGAUGUGGCGAAAGUAUAAGGACAAUAAGGCCAUGGACCAGACAACAAACACCUCAGGGGACCCAUUUGCUGCCAAUGGUGAUGUGACGUACAGCACUGUUGUCACCAAGAGGAGGAACCAGCUAAAUGUACAGACCAAGGUAGAACCUGAUGAUAAUGUGGUCUACAGCUCACUAGCCCUACAGCUGGACCCAUUUCCUGCCAAAGGUGAUGAUGAUGUGACGUACAGCAGUGUUGUCCCCAAGAGGAGGAACCACCUAAAUGUACAGACCAAGGCGGAACCAGAUGAUAAUGUGGUCUACAGCUCACUAGCAUAACACCACACAGCAGAGGGCAGCAACACAGCAGUGACUGACAGUGAAGAUCUUGGUCCCAAAGAGCCCUUAUCCUGGAAGGACAUCCCACUCCCCCUCCUGUGUCACAACAUGAGUCAUGACUAUCUAUCUGCCUCCAACAUGCUUCUUCCCACACCUCCUAACCCACCUGUCUCCUUGUUGUGUCCAUAAACUACUGAAGACAG